AGUCGCAUAACUACAAAUUACAAACGGUCUUCCAAUUAACUGCUAGAUGCUGCACAUAUUCCACCAUACUGGAAUUCGUUCUUAUUUUGUCGCUUUGCAAGCUAGCUAACAUCGUCGCAAAUUAUACACAAAUAAACAAAUGUUUAGCGUUGAAGGUUCAUCUAGCCUGUCAGGUUCGCCUGGCGCGGCGCCACUUCAACCAAUGUCUCCCGACCGAGUCAAUCAACAACGAGAGAAUAUCAUGCACUCUCCUGUUCGAUCAGAGAAUGGUCGCGAUAGUGAGGUACACGACAAAAUUCGACGCUUCAACGAUUUGGCGCAUACCGGCCCAGCUUCCAUGUCUAGACAGCUUGAGCGGAAGACGGCCGAUGCCGCCUUGAAGCGAGCUAUGCUAGGACGUGAGGAAGCCGAGGGUGAAAUGCGCCGCUAUCGCGACGAGGCGAGGGCCCUGCGCCGACAGGUCGAGGAAAGCCGCGGCAGAGAACGUAAAGUUGGCGAGAGACUAGAGGAUGUCAUGGAAAAAUACGGACAAGCAAAGGAGACACUCCAACACAGUAAAACUAUAUGGGAGAAGGAAGUUCGACACGCACGCAAAGAGGUUUUCAAAACACAAUCGUCGAUCGUAAAAUUACAAGAAGAACUCAAGACAGUGCGAAGUGCCAACAAGUCUGCCGAGGAAGCCAUCGCAAGAGAGAAGGAACGUAGCAAGACCAGAGAACAAGAGGCUUUCGCCACGCGCUAUCGCCUUGCAGAAAUACAGGAACAGCUGGAAAAGGCACUUGAGCGCAUCACGUUUGUCGAAGAAGAGCGUGAUGCAUACAAGGCUGCGGCCAAGAAGGAAGAAAUCGCUAGAAUCGCUAUGGAAGGUCGCCUGCCCUUGCCCCCAGAGGACCCGGACAGCGAAUUCGCGUCACCUAAGAAGUCACGCGUAUCCCUUUCAACGGCCGACAUCGUAUCCUCUGCCUCGAGCGAAACUGAAAUUGAAGAUUUGACGCGCCUAUGGCAAUGGGAGAAGCAGAGAGCCGAUCGCACCCAAGAGCAUCUCGAAUUCGUACAAGCCGAAUGCCAACUAAAAUGUUGCUCCUGCGCCAAAGCUCGUUCACGGCGAAGUGGCCACCGGGCUUCAACACGUCCAGAACGUCUCAGUCUAGUCACAAUCCUUGACCCAGCAGAUCGUCAGAUUCUAGGUCGAGAGUCAGAACCAGAGUCUACCACCCCGACUGACCCUCCCAAGAUAGACCAAAUGCAAGCCGAAGAUCAAGCGCCUCUGCAACGAGUAAGGACGCAAUCCCCGGCAGAAGAUAUCGUGCCAAAGAAGGAGCCAAGACAAAAGAAGGAACCUAGGCGCAGUACGAUAUUCGUCCCGUCUGAGGGUAUCUUCAGAACCAUUUCCCAACAAGACCUCCGAGCAACAAAGGAGGCCGACGAACCUGUUACUACCAUGGGACCGCCACCACCCCCAGUUGAGCCCAGGUCGCACCGAUUCCACCAUUCUCGGACACCAUCCGUAGACCCUCCCACAUUUGCCUUAAUGGCACAAGAGCGUACUUCGCUACUUUCACUCCUCAACGCUCCCCACGAAAACGACUCUCAUGGCGCCAUUCUUAAUAUUCCGAGAAGAUCAGCGGACGAAGACGAGGAUGAGGAUGAGGAUACACCAGGCCCACACUCCCACCCGGAACCCGAGCAGGACGACAGCACGCGACCGCACACCUCGGCCGCCUUCUACCAGGUGACGACGACCACAACGACCGUUCCCGUCCGAGACACCACCAAGAUCGAGAGCCGCACCCCAUCUUUCGACGCCAAUAACCCGGCCAUGACGCCAACGAUGACGCGCGAGCAGGCGCUGGCACAGAUCAAGGAGCGCCGCGGUAGGGCUAGGAGCGCUGCGCAGGGCCUCGCGACCCCGAGGCGCCAGAUGAUGUCUGUCUCCAGCGAGCGCAGAGACGCGAGCGCGCCGGCGGUACGAGCGGCUAAGGGACGUUCUGCCUAGAUGAUACGACACGCUUACGGAGGACGCGACUUUCGUACAUACAUAUGUACAUACCUACACACACAAACACGUACACGCUAAUCAUCGCCAUCAUCGUCAUUCAUCAUCGUCAUACCCAUGGGUUAAUAUCGGACUAAUAUUUGUCGUCGGGGGUGGAAUGGACGAAGGAAGAUGGAUGGAUGGGAGGCGCGGCAACGCCGAGGAAUAGGAUAUAGGGCGAGGCAUUGGUACAGGCGUUCGGCGAGCGUUGUUAUCAUAAGUCACGGACCUUGUAGCAUUUCCAACCGGCGUUUUUUUCUUUUUGUGUUUUCCCUAUGUGGAACCGGAGUGGGGGGGCUGGAUAAAGGAUGGAUAGGUGGUUGGUUACCUACCUAGUCAUUAGGUGGUAGAUAGGACGGUUAUGAGGCGUUGGAUGUGACUUUUCCCUCUCUCUUACAUUUUGCAUACAUACCUACACACAUAGCUACUUUGAUAGACUGUGUGUGUGUGUGUGUGGCUCGCGCUCUCGUACUCUCUUACUCUACAUACUCUCGCUUUAUACCGACUAGCCUACCUACCUAUGUAGGUACUUACUUAUCUGCCUAAUACUUCAAUGUUAACUACCAACUACAUACACUUCAUACACGCACG